AUGUCAAAAAUUAAAAUUGAUCGUACAAAAGAUGUUCAAAUAGAUGAAGAUGUUAAUUUUGAAUCAUUAAUUACAAAUCAAAAUAUAUUACGUGGAUUAUUAGAAGCAGGUUAUGAUCGUCCUUCACCAAUUCAAUUAAAAGCUUUACCUCCAGGAAAACUUGGUCUUGAUGUUAUAGCUCAAGCAAAAUCGGGAACUGGAAAAACUAUAGUUUUUGGUGUUAUCGCUUUAGAAAUGUUGGAUCUAAAUAAUAAUCGACCUCAGGCAUUAAUUUUAGCACCUACUAGAGAAAUAGCUGUACAAAUAAAAGAAGUCAUUUCCAACAUUGGUCGUUAUAUGAUUGGUUUAGUUUGUCACGCAUUUAUUGGAGGAAUUCCUGUUGAAGAAGAUAUACCAAAACUUAAGAAAUGUCAUAUAGCAAUUGGUUCUCCUGGUCGGAUUGGUCUUUUAUUAAACAAACAAAUGGUAUCUAAAGACAUAAAGUUACUCGUAUUAGAUGAAGCUGAUAAAUUGAUGGAGAGCAAUUUUGUUUUACUAAAAACCCUUGAAAAUUUUGUUUGUAAUCCUUAUUAUAUUAUGAUUUCGGAAGAUACUCCAGCUUUAGAAGGUGUAUUACAAUAUUAUCAAAUAGUAAAUAGUCCAAAUACAGUUAAUAUUACUGAAAGAUUCAAGUUUUAUGAAGAAAAAUUUAAAAUGAUGGUUGAUCUUUUGAGUCGUGUUCCGUUCUAUCAAUGCAUUGUUUUUUUGAAUCAUCGUGGAAGGGCUGUUGAUCUGGCAAAUUAUUUAACAAGUGGAUUGGAUCAACGCAUGCGUCUUGAAACCAUGUCGAAAGCUCGUAAUUUUCAAAUAAGAGUCCUUGUUUGUAGUGAUUUGAUUGCUAGAGGUAUUGACAUUGAAAGAGUAAAUUUGGUAGUAAACAUUGACAUGCCAAAGGAUACUGAAACUUACUUACAUCGUGUUGGUAGAACUGGGCCAAUUAGUUUUGUUGAUAUUAAUGAGCUGGAUUUUAUAGAAUCUUUAAAAACAAAUUAUCAAAUUGAUAUUCAACCUCUUCCCGAUGAAAUUUCAUAUAAGCAUCAUCAAAGACCAUUAACAACUGAAAAUGAUCAAGAAGCAUAUGAAAAUUUGUUAAAUAUGAGAGAAACAAUAAAAACUCAAAUUCCUGAAGCUCCUCCGGUUAUAUUUUCUGAUGACACAAAUUCAAAUAACAGGACGUAUAAUAUCAAUAAUUUGGUUACUUGUGAUAAUAGUAAAUAUUAUUAUGAUAACAAUGUGGUCACUUGUUAUAAUAAUGAAUAUUAUUAUGAUAAUAAUGUGGUCACUUAUGAUACUAAUGAAUAUUAUUACGAUAACAAUGAUGAUUUUAUACCACCUGAUCUUGCAUUUUAA